GGCUUAACAAGAUGUCUCUAUAAAAUGGGAUCACUCCCGAAUGCACUGCCGAAGCAUCGCAACAACUCACAUGCCCUCGGAGAUGAAGAGUGCGCUGCCCGUCUCCUCCGCUCACCCUGCCAACUCGCGCCGGCUUCCCUGCAUCACCGGCGGCUUGCGCUCUCCGAACCCAGGCGAGGACACGGCCGCGCCGGGAUAUGCUGAGAACCAGCGAGGCGUAGUCAGCCGUAGUGCUGCUGCAAAUGCGAACAAAGUAUGCGCCUUCCCAAGCCAGGACACGGACACGGACACGGACACGGCCACCACCGUGGAGGUCCAAGGAAGCAGCAGAUGGAAACCGGCUCUGUGCGUGAUUCUUGUGGAGCUGUUCAACACAGGGACUAUACUUCUAGGCAAGGUCGCACUUGAUGGUGGCAUGUUUGUCUUCUCCUUGCUAUGUUAUCGAAGUAUUCUGGCCGCUAUUUUCAUCAUGCCGUUUGCUCUAUUCUUCGAAAGUGGGAAGUGGAGGGAAUUGGAUAUGAAGACUCUUGGGUGGCUCUUCAUCAAUGCUUUUAUCGGAUAUUCGUUGCCCAUGGCUUUGUACUACUAUGGAUUACGGGACACACCUGCCUCCUAUGCUGUGAUCUUCUCAAGUUUGACUCCACUUUUCACCUUUAUCUUGUCCAUAAUUCUUGGCAUGGAGAAGUUGCGCGUAAAGUCCAAGGACGGCAGUGCGAAAGUGAUUGGAGCAUUGGUUUGUUUUGGUGGGGCUCUACUAAUAAGUCUUUACAAAGGAAAAGAGUUGCAUCUCUGGUCUCCAAUUAUAAGAGUGACCCCAAAAGAUUCUAAUGGAGCUGCUGGAAAGCAUCAUUUGAGGGGCACCUUGAUUUUGUUUGGUGCUUUCAGCAGCUAUGCACUUUGGUACCCUAUACAGGUGAAAGUUUUGAAGGUGUAUCCAUGGAAACAUUGGUCCUCUGUGCUGACCUGUGUUCUGGGUGGUGUGCAAACUUUCGCCAUCGGAAUAAUUAUGAGCAGGCACAAACUUGCCUGGCAAAUAGGAUGGAACAUUCAACUACUAACCAUUGUCUACUCAGCUGCACUUGGCACAGCGGCCAAGUAUUGGCUGAACUUAUAUGCUGUUGAAAAGCGGGGGCCAGUUUUUCCAGCCAUGUUCAGCACCUUAUCGACGAUCUUCAUCAUAGUUCUAGGAACGCUGUUGCUAGGAGAAAGCCUCACAGUUGGGAGCUUGAUGGGUAGUGCUCUAGUUAUAGGAGGUCUAUACAUAUACCUCUAUGGAAAGGCCAAUGAACAACACGCGAAGACGGCAUCGGUUACAGGGAUGCAAAAGGAGGAGGACAAAGAGAUUCAGCGGUCUGGUGUUGGUGUGACGACUGAGGAGAGGCCACACCCUGUGCUGUUAGAGAGCUCCGUUAUCCAGCUUGACGAGGAGCUGGACGCAGGGGUCUCCAAGUGAAGUGGUUGUAAUCAUGGUAGCUACUAGUUGUUUUUUUGUCUUGAUCUAUCUGGGUCUAAGAUUCUAAAAUACAUUCGCCCAUACAUCAGUACUAGAUAGGGGUGUGGCUUGCCACGCAUUGCCCAGCCAACGGUAAGCCAUCGGAUAUGAUAAUCGGUUCAAUAUAUAGCUGAAUUAGAUAUUUUA